AUGUUCUCCAUUCAGCUAAUUAACUGAAAGGUGGAUAAAACGCAUCAGUCUGGUUGUGUCAGGGAUCCAUUAGUCAUGGUUGCUCAUUUCUGUCUAGGUUUUGUGGUCUUGGCUGUCUUAGCAACAGCUGUUGCUGACCCAGAUAUCAAAGUGGUCUGUGCAAAAGACUCUGUGCGGGUGAUUUGGAGGGUAGCCCCCCAGUUCGUCCCAUACGCAGCUAGAUUCUUCCUCGGAAGCUGCAUGCCGUCUUCGUGGAAAGUUCUGCCCACCGGAGAGGGAGAAGCACAUUUUAACUACAAAUUCUAUGACUGCAAGUUUACCAAGCAGCUGAAGGGAAAACGCAUAAUUUAUCAAAACGAGCUGAGCUUCAGGCCGCAAGCAAAACCGAUGCCUGUUGUCUUUAAAUAUCCCAUCCAAUGUGUCCAGAAACGACCGGAAGGAAGAAUCCCCCACUUCCUAAAUCCUGGCUCAGGUGUUUCUGAGGGACGCAGUAAGCUAGUGUUUCAUAUGGCUCUCCUGAACGAGCAAUUAACGGGAGUCUCAAAGACGAAUGUGAUUCCCCUCGGCUCAUUCAUACCAAUCUGGGCAGCAGUGGAACAGAAGUCCCAUCAGCCGCUGGUGCUGCUCAUGGAUGAGUGCGUUGCGGCCUCGACCCCAGAGCUGGAACCUGGCAACCAACUUUAUCCCAUUGUUGGCAAUCAUGGGUGUCUGCUAGAAAGUAAAAGGGGAAGCUCACUGUUCCUUCCUCGGUACCAUUCAUCUGCCAUAAUUCUCUAUCUCCAGUCAUUCAAGUUUGGGAUGGGAGCAGAGGUAUACAUUCACUGCAAUCUAAUCGUGUGGGAUGGGGAUUAUGAUAAACGCAGGAAGGCUUGCCAUGUGAAGGAUGGGAGCUGGGAGCUGCUUGAUGACCCUGCUCAGAGCUCUCUCUGCAACUGCUGCAAUAACUCUUGUAGUCCUCGCACCAAAAGGGCAACAAGCUGGGGUAAGUGGGAGCCUCACAGGAUGCACUUCAAUUCCGUGUUGGGACCCGUCAUCAUAGUCGACCGGCCAGCCUCUAUGGCAAAUGAGUCGCUGGUUGAAAGUGACGCAGCUGGCUCACAGCUCGGAGGGUGGAGGCUGUGAAGUUUCUGUAUCUAAGCUUUGCACCAAUGGAUGUCUCAUUACAAAUGUAAUUGUCUAUUUGCAGGAAAUUUAAGUUGAAACUGAAAUCCAAGGUGCAGUCUUGCUAAUUUACAAGUCUCUGGACAUCAGUGUGUGUUUUUUUUUUUUUUUAAAAGAACCUGAAAUUGCCUGACUCAAUGCUGUUGAAUUUGAAAGGGAAGUUGUGAAAUAAACCCUGCUCUCAUUUUGAUCUUGGUUUAUGGGUGAACAUGUACGAUAAACUUCACUAGAUUACUUUAAAGGCAAGUCUUUCAACUACUAUAUAAAAACUAAGUAUUUCUCAAUCAGUGGAACACUGACUUAUUCAUGGAUUGAAAUUCAGAAUUUUAUUUUUUGUUUUCUCCCUCUGACAAUGUUUUGGCCAACAUUAGUUUCUGGACAAACCCUAACUUGCAGUAGCAAUGUUCUACAAGGCUGGAGUGAGCCUAAAGUAUCACAGCAUCGAUUAGGAGCAUGAAUUUGAGUGGCAACGUUUUAAGAUGAAAGAUUGCCUUUCAUUUGGA